CAAUAACAUGUUAUUCAGACUCAUAUCACAUAUGACGAGGAAAUAACACAAUGUCAGGACUCCAAAAACAGAAGCAGUACGACUGGAAGGAUUCAAACCUGGCGCUGUUUGGAUCUCAGCUGGACAAGGACACAAAAAAGUCGUCUGCUGAAACGGAACCCGCAUGGGAAAACGCGGGAACAAAACCAGGCCUUCAAAUAUGGCGCAUUGUGAACUUCAAAGUCGAGAAGUGGCCGGAGUCGGAGUACGGAAAGUUCUUUGACGGUGAUUCAUACAUUGUCCUCAACACCUACAAACUCGCCGAUUCUGAUGCCCUUCUGUAUGACGUACACUUCUGGAUCGGCAAAUAUAGCACCCAGGACGAAUACGGAACCGCAGCCUACAAGACGGUGGAGCUAGACACGUACCUUGACGACCGCCCCGUGCAGCAUCGCGAGGUCCAGGGUCACGAGAGCAGGCUCUUCCUGUCCUACUUUCGCACUAUUCAAAUCCUGCGUGGUGGGGCAGAGAGCGGUUUUCGGAAGGUUACGUCACGUCAGUAUGUGCCGCGUCUGCUGCAUUUCCAUGGCGACAGGAACCACGUAGAAAUUGCUGAGGUUCCUCGCUGUCGGGCACUGCUGGAUACCUCUGACGUAUACAUCCUAGACCUGGGAACCACACUGUACCAGUGGAAUGGUGGAACCAGCAAUAAGGACGAGAGAUACAGGGCGGCGAUGCACGUGAAUCAAAUUAAGCAUGAGAGAGGAAAAUGCACGUCGGAAACACUGGACGAAGAUCUGUCAAACUGUGGUGUCUUUUAUGGCAAACUCGACGAGGAGAUAGGAGAUGCGGACAUUAAGAAGAAUAAGAAAGACAUACAGAAUACAGAGCAGAAAACCAACAGACUCUUCAGACUGUCAGAUGCGGCUGGUAAGAUGGAGUUCAACCUUGAGAAGGAAAACGACGUCUCUCUGGAGGAUUUCGACUCAAACGACGUGUUUAUUCUGGACACCAGCGAGGACGUGUUUGUCUGGAUUGGGAACGCCUCCUCCGGAGACGAGAAGCGAAACGCCAUGGUCUACGCUCACAACUAUUUGACGAGCACGAGACACCCUCUUAUUCCGAUCACGUGCAUCAACGAGUACAGCGCAUGCGCGGAUUUCCUGGUGGCCCUUACGGCCUGAUGCAACCCUGUCGCUGCUAUUUUUCACUGAACUCGCAUUCCGUAGCACAUAAUUUCAUGCGAUUUAAAUGGUUCUAACUUCUUUCGUUCGUUUAUUGUGUGUAUCUCACUAAAAUCUUGCAGCCCUUUCUUUAAACUGUUUUUAGUAAUGCCCAGUUCGGGAAACGCUAACUGAUUAUUCACCUAUGUGCGUGGCCUGCCAGAAAUCACCACAUAUCGCAUACUUUGUGAGGUGCCCAAAAGUUAUUUUUUUAGCCGCGUUCUGAGAAAACUGGGCUUAAUGCAUGUGUGUAAAGUGUCGUCCCAGAUUAGACUGUGCGGACUUAAUCAGGAACGACACUUUCCGCUUUUAUGGUAUUUUUAGUUUUAAGGAAGUCAAUCCUUACCGAAAAUCAAGUUAAGGCGGAAAGUGUCGUCCCUGAUUAGCCUGUGCGGACUGCACAGACUAAUCUGGGACGACACUUUACGCACAUACAUUAAACCCAGUUUUCUCAGAACAAGUCUCAUGUAUUUACAUAUUUUCAAGUUUCGUUCUUUGAAUAUUUCUAGACUUUUUUAAGCUGUAUAUUUGUGGACUGUGUUGCAGCAAAGAUCUAUCUACCAAUAUUGAUAGAUCAUUGACUGCAAUUGAUAUAUACAAUUAAUUUGGUUGUGUUUUUAUUGUUGUUUAUGUUGCUUUUUUUCUUUUGAACUUUAUGGUGUUGGACUAUAACGCGUAUAUUUAAAUAAAUCAAAAGUUUAUA